AUGAUUUUCGAGCCGACAGAACGAAUCUUGCUUCCCACCAAAGACGUUUUGUCCUACAUAUUUGACGAUCCGCCUUAUGACGAAGAUCAGCCAAUCUUCAUCGACACUCGAGACCAUUCACGCUCAAUCUCAUGUAACCAAGCUCGGAAGUUAGUACGCCUUCUCAUUUCGGGGUUACGUGCCUCUGGCUUCCGCAAUGGAGACUGUGUCCUUGUACAUUCUUUCAAUGACAUCAAUUAUAGUAUCCUGGUACUGGCAAUAAUCGGGGCUGGCGGUGUGUUCACGGGCUCAAAUCCUGCAUAUACACGGAAUGAGCUGGCGCAUCACAUCAAUGUCUCGGAGAGCAAGUUUCUCAUCUCUGAACCCGAAAUACUACCGUCUCUACUUGAGGCUGCACAGCAAACAGGGAUCCCCAAAGAGAGAGUCUGGAUAUUUGAUUGUCUGGGACAAUCUCUUCCAAGUGGCAUGAAAUCCUGGAAGGAAUUGUUGAAAUUCGGUGAGGAUGACUGGAUUAGAUUUGAUGACUUGGAAAUUGCCCAGAAAACAGCUGCCGCAAGGCUAUUCAGCAGCGGAACCACGGGCCUUCCAAAGGCAGUGACGAUCACGCAUCUGAACUUGAUUGCGCAGCAUGAGCUUGUUCUUGGUGCGAACCCGCGACCAUAUCCUAUUUCCCGGAUCAUUGCAGUUCCUGUUUUCCAUGCUUCUGCAGCACCAGUAACUCAUAUAUCCACUCUGAAGGCCGGUUCCGUGGCGUACAUGAUGCGGCGAUUCGACUUGGAGCAAUUCUUGACUGUAGUAGAGAGGUAUAAUGUGACUGAUCUGGCUAUGGUGCCACCUAUCGUGAUUGCAAUUUUGAUGUCACCAUUAUCUCACAAACGCCCCUUUUUGAAAAAGGUUAAGCUUGCCAUCUGUGGUGCCGCCCCGUUGGAUAAAGAUGUGCAAGCACGUUUUCGAACGCUCAUGGGUGACCAGAGCCCAUUUAACCAGGUAUGGGGUAUGACAGAAACAUCAUGCAUCGCCACAAUGUUCCCUUACCCGGAGCAUGAUGAUACUGGGUCCGUGGGGCGACUGAUCCCGAACCUGGAAGCCAAACUGGUUGACAAUGACGGACAGAACAUAUCGGCUUACAAUGUUCGGGGUGAACUAUGUGUUCGUGGACCUACAAUUACGCCGGGCUACUACCAAAACUCCGAGGCCAACGCAGUGUCAUUUGAUGAGGAUGGAUGGUUCAGGACAGGUGACAUUGCGUAUUGUGAUAAAAUGACCCGAAAGUGGUACAUAGUAGAUCGAAAGAAAGAGUUGAUCAAAGUACGGGGCUUUCAGGUUGCACCACCUGAAGUUGAAGCUGUACUUUUGUCUCAUCCCUACAUUGUCGAUGCAGCGGUCAUCGGUAUCACCAUUCCAGGGUCAGAUACGGAGUUUCCUCGUGCAUAUGUUGUACGACGUCGAACAGAAGGACCUGCACCAACGGAAAAAGAAAUACAGAGAUACGUCCUAGAGCGCCUUGCUCGAUAUAAAGCAUUGACUGGUGGUGUGAAAUUUGUGGGUGCCAUUGCAAAGAACCCCAGUGGUAAGAUUCUGAAACGUGUUCUCAGGGAAGAUGCCAAAAGGGAGGUAGAGGCUGGCCUGAUUAAGCCUCAACUUUGA